UGGGCUGCGUUCAAGUCUAACUCUAGUCUAAACCAAAGUUUUCUCCAGUUCUGAUUUUGAAUAUUAAAAAAAAAAAAAAAGCGAACAAAAAAUGGUCUGCCCGCUUAAUAAGGGAAUCGGUUCUAACUUUUUUAAGUUCAAACCGCAACCAUCCGGUGAAAAAGCCAAAAUUACUAAAGUUUCAUCAUCGUUCACUAGUUGACCAGGCUAAUUACUGAAUUGAAGAGCAAAAGAUGGCAGAACUGAGCCUUGGUAUACUUAUAGAUAUUGUUGAUGAGGAAUGGAUGAGAGAUACUCUGCCUGAUGAUGAUAUUUCACUGCCACCUGUAAUGGUUGCUCGAACUGAUGAUACUGAAGACUCAAAUCAGGAGACUCAACAAGUGGAUGGAAACACCUGGCAUGAUCUUGAAUUAAAUACUCAAUGAGGGUCUUGGAUGCUGGCAGUGCUUGGUACCUUCAUAUGAAAAUUUUACUUCAAGAAUUAAUGCUCUCUGUGUGUGUUAAUAUGUUGUAGAACCGAGAUACCAUUGGAUUGUGUAAGAAGUUUGCACAUUGUAGAUUUCAAUAAUUGGUUUAGGCUUUUGGAUGUUAA